UAGAAAUGAAUUAGAAAAACAUUAUAAAAAUAACUCUAAAUAUUCGUUUAUCAUUAUAAAUGAUAAUCAUUAUUAUCGUGUUCCUAGAAGAGGUAGGUACAAAGAUUAUUGUACAACAUAAAUGAUGUAAGUGUGUGGUUGAAUUAGUUGACAUUCAAUCUGUCUAUCGUUCUUUGUCGCUCGUCGUGUAUACGUAGUAUUAUCAUACCGAGUGUAGUUUCAUUUCUUUUAGUUGUUUGUUUUUAAUUACUUAUUUUCCAAAAUGCCGAAAACCCCACCAAGCAAAUUAAAAAAUUUAAUUGCUCAGUGGAUACUACCACUAAAUAAAGAUAAUGUAAACUUUAAAAUUGAUGGGACGACUCUUUUUUGUCAACUGUGUGACAAACACAUACCAUGCAUUAAAAAGUCUCAAAUAAUCCAACAUGUGAACACAUCAUCACACCAAGAAGCUUUAAAGCGUAAGUCUAAUAAUCCAAAACAAUUGUUUUUAUCAGAAUCUACAUCUAAAAAAAAUGUAAAUGAAUUCUAUGAAGACCUAUGUUUGAGUUUAAUUGCUGCUAAUAUACCGUGGUAUAAGCUACAAAAUCCACAAUUUCGAGCUUUUUUAGAAAAAUAUACUGGCAAACAUAUACCUGAUGAAAGUUUAUUACGAAAAAAUUAUCUUUCCCUUUGUUAUGAUAAAACUUUAACUAAAAUAAAAAAUGAUAUUGGUAAAAAUAACAUUUGGAUCGCGGUUGAUGAGACAACAGAUAUAAACGGUCGUUAUGUGGCCAAUUUAUUGGUUGGAAUAUUAAAGUCAAAUCACCCAACUCGUUCUUUUCUCUUGACAUGUAAAGUUUUGGAAAAAACUAACCAUUCAACAGUGGCUCGAAUUGUGAAUGAUGGAUUAAAAUUACUGUGGCCCUCAGGUGGAAAUGAUGAAAAAGUUUUGUUGAUGCUCUCGGAUGCUGCACCAUAUAUGGUAAAAACUGGUCAGUCAUUAAAAAUAUUUUACCCUAAUUUAAUCCACGUAACAUGUGUAGCUCACAUGUUUAAUAGGAUCGCAGAGAAGGUAAGAGAAAUGUAUCCAGACGUUAAUAAAUUAAUUAACAACAUAAAAAAAGUAUUUUUAAAAGCUCCGUAUAAUGUUCAAGUGUAUAAAGAAAUAUUACCUGACAUUCCAUUACCCUUAGAACCAGUUUUGACAAGAUGGGGAACUUGGUUGGAAGCUGCUAUAUUUAAUUGUGAUAACUUCCAAAGUUUAAAAAAAGUUAUAGAAGAAUUGAUAAAGCAGAAGUCUCCUAGUCAGUCUAUACUUAAAUGUAAAACAGUUCUUGACUUAAAAUCUGUAGAAAAUGACCUUAUAUUUAUUAAGACCCAUUUUCUUAUGCUUAUAACAUGCAUAAAAAAUCUAGAAAAAUCAAAUGUGUCUCUUGUUGAUUCGAUAAAUCUCAUUGAAAAUACAAUUGUUAAACUUCAACAAAUACCUGGAGAAAAUGGAGAAAAAAUUAAAAUUAAAAUGGAUCAACUUCAACAAAAAAAUCAGGGACUCUCAAUUUUAAAAAACAUAUCAAAAGUCUUGGAGGGAAAUAAUGAUGUACAACUUGUAGGUAAUUUUCCACCUACUGUGGUUACUGAUUUUCAGUAUGCUCCUGUGACUUCAGUAGACGUUGAACGUUCGUUCAGUACGUACAAAAAUAUUUUGUCAGAUCGCCGUACAAAAAUGACACCAGAAAAUAUGGAAAUGAACAUAGUUGUUAAUUGUUUCCAAAGAGGAGAAUUCUCUUAAUUAAAAUUAUGUCAUUAUUAUAAUUUUAUCAAGCUGAUAACAUUUUAAGUCAGAUUUUUUUAAGUUAAAUUAUAUAAUGUAAUGUAUUGUUUAUUUGAAUAUAAGAAAAAAGUAUUUCAGUUAAUAGGUAGAAUUGUACCACAUUAAUUAAUUUUGA